AUGUCGAAAUUCGCUGUGCUGUUGAUUACGUUUUGUACGUCCAUCACAUCGUUGCAUUGGAUGUCAACCUGCAGUGCCGCUAACAUAUUGGCGGUGGAAACCGUCCCGGGAAAAAGUCACUGGAACGUGAUGCGAUCGGUGCUACGUGCUCUGACGGACAGCGGCCACACGGUGACCGUCUUCACGCCGUUCGUGGACGGUGACCGGGACGGUUACUCCGAGGUGGACGUAUCAAACCUGACGAAACCCAUCGUCGAAGUGGACUCGACAUCACUGAUCGAAAUGACCAGCAGCAAGCGACAUAUGUUGGGGAUCAUGUCGAACGCGACUCGGGCGGAUUGUGACACGAUUUACGAACAUCCGCAGAUGACGGCUAUCCUGGACGGGACGGUUACGAGCCGAAUCGACUUGGUAGUGACUGAACCGUGUAUGUCCGAGUGUGUGGCAUAUGUGGCCACCAUGCUACGCGUGCCAAUGGUUUAUGUGGUUCCGGCACCGAUCGCCACGUUCUUGGAACGUCUGAUGACUGGACACGUCCCUAACCCCGCUGUUACGGGGCACGUGAUGUCUGAUCGAGUGGUUCCCAAAACGUUUGCAGAGCGAUGGGCUAACAUUGUGCUGACCGUCUACUGUUCGACGGUGACGUGGUACAACGAGCUUCGGCUACAGUGGACUGCCCCACGACUGUACGACGCCGUAGAACUGGCAAAACCAUCGGUUAUUUUCACUAACACGCAUUUCAUCACCGAACCAGCUCGUCCUCUGACUCCAGAUGUCGUCCAAAUCGGUGGCAUACAUCUGACCCCUCCCAAACCAAUACCGAAGGACAUUUUAGAAUUCAUCGAAGACGCACCUCAUGGAGUGAUUUACUUCACGUUCGGUUCGGUGGUUUCAAUGUCAACGUUACCAGAAAACGUUCAAAGCGCAUUCCGAGAGGCUCUUGCUCAGGUUCCACAAAAAGUGUUAUGGAAAUAUGAAGGCGAUAUGAAAGACAAACCGAAAAAUGUGAUGACAAGGAAAUGGUUUCCGCAACGUGACAUUCUUUCACAUCCCAAUGUGAAACUGUUUAUUAGUCAUGGAGGCAUAUCUGGAGUCUACGAAGCCGUGGACGCAGGUGUUCCUGUACUUGGAUUUCCUGUUUUUUACGAUCAACCAAGAAAUAUUGACAGUUUGGUCAAUGCCGGUAUGGCGAUCUGUAUGGACUUGUUAUCUGUUACCAAAGAGAAAUUUUUAAACGCCGUAUUAGAGAUAAUCAAAAACGAUAGGUAUCAGAAAAAUGCUAAAAGCGUUUCCGAACGGUUCAAAGAUCGACCCAUGUCACCAGCAGAAUCAGUAGUUUAUUGGACAGAGUACGUUUUACGUCAUAAUGGUGCUCCACAUUUAAAAUCUCAAGCUUUAAAUCUUACGUGGUAUCAAUAUUAUUUAGUUGAUGUAAUUAUCACAUUUUUGUUCCUUAUUUUUGUUGUUUUGUUCAUAACUUAUUAUUGCUUAAAAAUUAUUUAUAAAUAUAUUUUUAAUUAUUUUCAAAUUGUGAAAGCAAAACGUGAAUAAAACAAAAUUAUGUAUGAACAUAAUUAAUAAACAUUGUACUUAUGAUGAAUAA